UACGAGUAUAACGGAGUCGGCGUCGACAGUGCACAGUAUUAUCGCCACCGCCGCCGCUGCCAUGUUGCCGCUUGCCCGCUCGCUGCUCGCGCUCGCCGCGCUGCUCUCCGUCACCGAAGCUAGGUUGGCGAACCCGUUUUGUAGUGACCUGCAUUUGGGUAAAGAUGACGGCUAUCCAAAGAAUAACUAUGUGGAUUUUACGAUAACUGUUUCUGGUGGCACCAUCACCAUUCCUGAUAAAUGUUCCAGACCAGGAAACAAGAUUGUCGGCGAGUCUAUCAGCAUAUGUAAUACGCCCAACUCUAAGCCCGAAAUCUGGCAAGCAUUGCAGACGGAGUAUCAUUUCAAACCGAACUUCGCUUUAUUCCACAUCGACUGUCCAAGCAACAUCGCUGGCUGUGAUCGUCUCAAGGUUGAAAUCAGGCAAUAUUGCGAAAUGGUCACAGCACCUCAUUGAGUAGUUGAGUAAAGUCCGGCUUCCGUCUAACGGCCCGAUUCGAUUUAAAGAUACGUCAAACUUUUCUUAAAGAUACGAUAUGGAUUGAAUAUCUCAGUGUUUUUGUUUGAAGAAACGUCACUAUUGACGGUGACAUAUCUAAUCUAUGUCUUAUCUUUAGCAAAUGUAUGACUUAUCUUGAAGUUUGAAUAAGGCCGCAAGUUAUCUAUGCACCGGCUUGAAUAUAACAAAGUGAGGGUGUCAUUAACGCGUGUUUGAUAUAAAUUUUACAUUAAUGACGACUUUGUUACACUUCGCCAUUACAAGUGCCAUGCAGUUUUAGCUUGCCGACCAUAACAAGCUAAAGUUUGUGUUGGAAGUUGGAAUUUUGUCAAUAAAUAAAAUGUCAUUAUAUAA